UUUUAUAUUAUCCACUUCCUCUUUCCCUCUUCGAUCGUCCUCUUUCUUCCUCGCCAUUCUCUCACCGUAAUCCCUCUCUUCGGUUUGCUUUCUUGGCCUGCCUUCCUCGUUCGGAGAUGGGGCAGCAGUUCGUCGACACGACGCUCACCAAGGUGUUCGUCGGCGGGCUCGCGUGGGAGAUGCAGAAGGAGGCGCUUCGCGAGCACUUCGAGAAGUACGGGGAGAUCCUCGAAGCCGUCGUCAUUUCGGACAAGAUCUCCGGCCGAUCCAAGGGCUACGGCUUCGUGACGUUCAAGGAAGCAGAGGCGGCGAAGAGGGCGUGCGAGGACGCGGCGCCGGUGAUCGACGGCCGCCGAGCGAAUUGCAACCUGGCUUCGCUGGGAGCCAAGCGCGGAGGCGUCGGGAUCCGACACUCUCCUCCCUCCGCUCCAGCACCGUUCACUUCGCGUGGGGGCCAGCAGCCACCGCCUGGCAUGGCGGUGGGAUCGAGAGUCGCGUCGCCAGCGCCGCCGGCUGCGCAGUGGUACUACCCGAACCCCGCGAGAACUCCGCCUCCGCCGUUCCAGUUGCACCAGUACCCCCACGGCCUCAUCCCCUUCUACUCCGCCGACGCGUACUCGCCGAAUUACACGAACUUCCCUAACAAUUCGAAGCUGAGCCCGAGUGGUGGGGGAGGAGGAUUCUACCAGGGGCAGUUCGCUUACCCAGCAGCAGCUGCUAAUGGAAUGCUGCCAAUGUACCCUUUAUUCCACUGGCAUCCUCACCAAUCUCAGGGCAUGGCACUUCCUACAGCUCACUUCUUCCCUACCUCACCAACUGCUGCCAUCCCCACCAUCAUCUCCACCAAGCCUACUGCAAUUCCUCCUCCUGUGUCUGUUUGUGUCGCAGUGGAACAAGUCAAAGGAGCCAACUGAUUGCAUGGUUGGUUAAGGAAUGGUCCAAGACAGUCUGAAAAGAUGAAGAUGCAAACUCGUUAAUUGAUUAUUCUAUUAGAAUUUGGGGAUUCUUUGGUGACUCUCUAACUUGCAUCACAUAGAUGCACAAUCUGUAACAAGGCAAUUUUUGUUUGUUUACCUACUUAUUCUUUGUGGUAAACCUUUUUAUCAGUGACUGUCUUUUAUAGCUA